UAGUUCUAAUUUUCAUCAAAGAAAAAAAAAAUUACAAAAUAAAAAAAAGGAUAGAGAAAUUCAUCCGUUUGCCUACAAAACGCAACUUCGACAACGUUGUCUAUCUCUUUGGUUCGUGACCGUGUCGAGGAAAUCUGAUCCUGACGUGGUUUCUCUCUGUCGAUUUUAUCCCAAACACUUCCAAAUUUAGCUCUCUAUCUAUAUUCCUCGUUUCACGCUUCUCUUACACUAAUUUAUAUCUGCCUGAAACAUUUCUCUUCUGGCUAAUUCCAUUUUCCUUUUUCAGCGGGCUCUCUCUCUUCUGGUGAGGAAUAAUGGCAGGGUGGACUUAGACGUAUCUAGCCUUCCUGUUGUGUGAAAGGAUAUUUGGUGGUUAGGGUAGAUACAUACAAGUCCAAUAAAGAUGGAAGUCAUUGGCGGCUGAGACUUGCUCAGUUCUAUGGCCUUGACUGGUAUGUGCUUGUUUUAGAGGGGAGUGUUGUAUUAUUCUUUUGAUGGAUAAAUAUUGGUUAUUUUAGCAUUUAUGUUAAUUAGUAUUAUUAUGCAUAGAAAUUUGGGCAAUGUGUGGAGCAAGUGACUAUUUUAGAGGCUUAAGGAACAGGAGCUAUAAGAGCAGGAUUUCUGGUAUGGAAUAUGAAUCAGACUGGACAAGACACAGAAAAUCCUCAGCAUUUACUGCUCAAGAAAUUCGUUCUGCAACACCUUUUAUGCCUUGGUCUUGUAGAAUUUCUAUAGGUGAUAGUUAUCAUGAGUUUCUUUAAUUGAACAUCUGUCAUUUCUAAGUAGUGUUACAUUCUAGGGAGAUAUAGUAGAUUGGAUACAAUAAUCAUCUACAUCUCUCUUGGUUUCCUGAAAAUGCUGAGUUUUGAGAGUGGAAAGAGGAGACUGACAGAGACAAAUAUGUCUUUCUCCACUUCGUUCACCCAAGAUAAGUCAACUUAUUCGAAGAGCAACCUUCUAUUAGCUUCGGCAGUUGCUGAUGAUAUUGACUGCCCCAUUCUACCUGGGCUGCCUGAUGAUGUGGCAAAAUAUUGCCUUGCACUCGUUCCUCGUCCCUAUUUCCCAGCUAUGGGAGCUGUCUGCAAGAAAUGGAGAUCUGUUAUUAAAAGCAAAGAAUUCCUUGUUGUGCGAAAAUUGGCUGGGUUGCUUGAGGAGUGGCUAUUUGUCCUAACUAUGGAUUCUCAAGGAAAGGAGAGCCACUGGGAGGUUAUGGAUUGCUUGGGAAACCGGUGUCAGCUUCUUCCACCAAUGCCUGGUCCUAUGAAAGCUGGCUUUGGGGUAGUUGUUCUGAAUGGAAAGCUCUUUGUCAUGGCUGGUUAUUCAGUUAUCGAUGGGACUGGCUCUGCCUCUGCAGAUGUUUAUGAAUAUGAUUCUUGCCUCAGUAGUUGGAGCAAAUUAUCAAGCAUGAAUGUUGCACGCUUCGAUUUUGCAUGUGCAGAGGUUAAUGGCAAAGUCUAUGCUGUUGGGGGCUAUGGAAAAGAUGGCGAUAGUCUCUCAAGUGUGGAGAUGUAUGAUCCUGACUCUGAAAAAUGGACCCUGAUAGAGAGUCUUCGCCGCCCAAGGUGGGGCUGUUUCGCUUGUGGCCUUGAGGGGAAGCUUUAUAUCAUGGGAGGACGGUCAAGCUUCACUAUUGGUAAUUCAAAAUGUGUUGAUGUGUACGACCCAGAGAGACAUUCAUGGUGUGAGAUCAAGAACGGUUGUGUCAUGGUCACUGCUCAUGCUGUGCUGGAAAAAAAGCUCUUCUGUAUGGAGUGGAAGAAUCAGCGGAAACUAGCAAUAUUCAAUCCAGAGGACAAUUCCUGGAAAAUGGUUCCUGUUCCAUUGACAGGCAGCUCAAGUAUUGGUUUUCGGUUCGGAAUACUCGACGGGAAACUUCUAUUGUUUUCACUAGAGGAAGCACCAGGUUAUCGAACUCUCUUGUAUGAUCCUAAUGCUUCCCCAGGUUCAGAGUGGCAGACUUCUGAAAUAAAGCCAUCUGGGCUGUGCUUGUGCAGUGUGACCAUCAAGGCAUGAAAUGGGCGUUGUCUGAGACUUCAAGAUCUUAUUACCGAGUCUAGAAAGUAUCUGUACAUUUAUUGGAUAGCUUUGUAUCUGUUAGAUGUCUCUGCUUUUGGUUGGUUUGCACUCGACCGACUUGAUUUCAGUUUCAUUUGUUGUUAUGAUUGAGCAAUCUAUUUGCUAUGAAUCUCUUGCUACAUUCUUCUUUGCCUCUCAACUAUGUUAUAUACUAAUUAAUGUUAAGGUUGAUUUAUUAAUCAAUAUUAUUCUUUAUUCUCAA